AGCCACUUGAGCGCUGUAAAAAAAACAAUUAAUCUCCAUCUUUGACAAUUCGAUCAAAAUAAUAUUAUCUCAUAUCAAAAAAACAUGAUUUAAGCUAUUAAUUAAAAAGUAACUGGGCUAUCUGUGAUGUAAUAUUCAAUUUAUGAAUCGGUUCAAUAAUUUGAAAAGAUGAUUACGUGAUAAGGUACAGUACCGUGCUCUGUCAAAUUAAUCAAAGGGGGAGGUAUGUUCCUGUAUGUGCUUUGAUGUCUUCUCAUAAUCGACGACGAUGGCAACAAUUUAUCAUUUUUUUUCUCAUUUAAUUGAAAAUAACAAAUGAGAACAGUGCUCAACAGUGCUAAAAGAUCCAGUGUGUUAUGAUAUAUCAUCGUAAAUUUUACAUAAAUAGAAAUUGAAAAUGGGUUAAUUUGGUUGUGUCCAUAUAAUUCUAGUCAAAUUUGAAAGCAAUUUAUUAGGACCACGGGUUUGAUUAAAGAUGGAGGAAGAUAUUAAGGAGAGGAUUCUGUCAAGAAGGCGUUCAGCGGCAUUAAAUGCAUUUAAAGUCAAAGAUGAUCGACUAGCCACUGUUAAGAAGGUCACUGCUAUUUUACAAAAACCUGAAGAUACCAGGUCACCUGAAGAGGAAGAAUUUUUAAAAUCGUACAGUGAUAUCGUUAAAGAGGUUAAGUUAAGGCAAAAGAAAAGGGAUAGAGUGAAAGCAAGACAAGAGGAAGUUGAAGAUGCACCGGAAAUUUUGGAAGAGAAGUGUAUGCGACUAGCGGCUGCCAUUAGUAGAGCAACUUCCCUUGCAGUUUAUACAGGUGCUGGUAUUAGUACAGCAGCUUCGAUUCCAGAUUACAGAGGCACUAAUGGUGUUUGGACGAGAAUGCAACAAGGAAAGGAUAUUGGAAAUCAUGAUCUAAGCCAGGCGGAUCCAACCAUAACGCACAUGUCUCUUUAUGCACUGUACAAGGCGCGUGUAUUAAAGCACAUAGUCUCCCAAAAUUGUGACGGUCUUCAUCUACGUAGUGGAAUUCCACGAACAUUAAUGUCGGAAGUUCAUGGCAACAUGUACGUCGAGGUAUGUAAAACCUGUAAACCUUCUCGAGAAUAUUGGCGACUAUUCGAUGUCACUGAAAAAACGGCAAGAUACAAUCACGGCACUGGUCGGCUGUGUCAUAAAUGUAAUUCCCCACUUCACGAUUCAAUUGUACAUUUUGGCGAGAGGGGAAAUUUAUUAUGGCCAAUUAAUUGGAGUGGCGCAUCGAGAGCGGCAAAGCAAGCCGACGUUAUACUCUGUCUUGGUUCGAGUUUAAAAGUUUUAAAAAAAUACCCUUGGCUUUGGCAAAUGGAUCGACCGAUACAUAAGCGACCAUCCCUUUAUAUUGUAAAUUUACAAUGGACACCAAAAGAUGAGAAUGCCGUUUUAAAAAUUAACGGCAAAUGUGAUGAGGUGAUGAAAAAAGUGAUGACACACUUAGGUAUUGAAAUUCCAGAAUAUUAUCGUGCUAAAGAUCCAAUUUUUCAUCAUGCAAUUAGACUGCAAAGUGCGGAGCAAUCGACGAGAACGCAACCGUUACUCGAGGAACCUGUUCUCACUGAACAAGAGGAGGAGGAGGAGGAGAGUUUUAGCGUCGAGGUAAAGGACGAGAAACCAAUUGUUAAAGUUGAAACAAAAACGGAGACAGAUUGUAAUUCGCAAAUUACACUCACUGAACCAAUGACUGCUUAUCCAGCGCCAUUUUUCGCUGCACUACCAUUUCUUUCAAUGGGUUUGCCAUUUCCUCCAAUGUACAUGUAUCCUCAACUAUCCCCAUUUCUUUAUUAUCCGUUUAUUCAAAUGCCGACAAUAACGACUGAAACGGCAAAGCCAAAACCUGCGUGCACAUUUUGUAUGGAAAAUGAGGGUUCUCUUACUUGUUUGUAUUAUCAACGUGAUGGCGAUGAUCCAGUGACCACUGAUUCCCUGCCACAGGAGACGGAAACUGAAAUGGAAAAUGUCUCGUCACUUGAACAAAUUCAAGAUUCUGAUGCACUCACGUUAGAUGUUAAUACACCGGUAUCGACUGCAAAAAAUCCAGGCUGGUUCGGCAAGGGAUAUCGAAAGGGUUUGAAAAAGAAACGGUAGCAUUCAAUCAUUCUUUUCAUAUCGCGUCUAUUUUUACUCAUUUAAUUCGCAGUCUUUCUCAAUUUGAACAAAUUAUUUCGUAUUAGGAUAAUUUCUUCUUUUUUCUCCAUUGCGUAAAUAUUUUCUUAUAUUCGAUCACUUUUUCAUUCUCACUGAGCAAUUUAUUCGUUACUUUUCAUCGAAUUGUCAGUAAAGUUCUACUAAUGGUCACGUUAGUAAAAUUCUCAACGUUUAUAAUUAACGAAUUAGGAGAAAAAAAUUUUCUAUUAACAAAUUUUCAUAAUUUUCCGUUAUGAAAACUAUAUACAAUUUUUUUUUCAUUUUUAUU